AUGGCUCCAGACGGAAAUAGAAGAGCGAGACAUUUUAUGAUCCAGCGAGCGAGUAGCGAUGAGAAAGUCAUCCCUUCUGCUCCUUUCAUUCCACCGCCUUACACGGAUCACCUGAGAGCAAACUACGAGCGUCGAUCUUCAAUCGUCAAUCAAGAAAUUAUCUCCGACGGCACUGUUCCUCCUGCAUAUCGACCUCGAGAGCGUCCCAGUGGACGCCGUCGGAGUUUGUCAGCCGAGGAUCCCGCUAGCUUUUGGCAGCGAGUGUACAAGACUGAAUCCAUUGACUCUGAAGAAGCGAAGAAGCUCUUUGUCAAGUUUGCGAAGAAAAAGCUAUUCUACGGAACAAAGCCGGCUAAGACGGGAAUAACGGACCAAAUUCAGCCUUCUGUGGCGCUCACUGUUGAGCUGUUUACUCUCGUAGAACGUCGCCAAAAACGAGUCGUCCAUGAAGCCAUCGAAUCCGAUCUCGAAGCCAAGCAAAUUGAAGACAACGACGAAUUACCCCCAGCUUCCAUGUGGGAUGUCCAUGUUGAUGUUCCGAAAUUCUACCCGGACUUUGAAAUAACGCGACGGAUUGUGAACCCUGGCACUGAGAAAAUAGUUGGAUGUGAUGAAUGCGAGGACUGCUGGAAUUGCAACGCCGAGGGAAUCGUCUCCGGAACUCGCCAAGAAGCUCGACACAUAAUGGGCAACAAUGGAAUGGGAAGCAUUCAAGUCCAAGCGAAUAUUUGCUGCAUGAUCUGCGGCGGCCGCGGCACCGAAACAUGCACAAUGUGCGGCGGCGACGGUCAUGUGCGCUGCGACAAGUGUGAUCAACGAGGCAAAGUCAAGCAAUUUGAAGAAAUUGUUAUCGAUUGGUUGACGAUAAAGGACUACGAAAUGAUAGGAGACGCGCCCGUUCCCGUAAAGUGGGUUUAUUCCCGAAAAAGUAAAAAGGUUCUUGAUCUUGAUUUCAACUCUUCGAAUGAGCUUUGCAACCCGAGCAACUUUCCCGACGAUGUUAAUUUCGUGAUGAAGGGUUUAUCGAAGAAAAUUAAGAGUAAAGCGAAAGCAGAUAAGCUCAAAAUACAUCGCCAGAAAUUCGAAGUGCGGAAGACCCCUCUUCAUACAGUACAUUACAUGUACAAGAAGAAGCCGAAUAGCUACGUCAUAUCCGGGUAUGACAAGAAAGUCUUUACAUCGUACUAUCCAGGCGACCGGCUCAAAUGCUCAAUAAUGUAG